CCGCUGAGAGGAGAGCAGCGGGUCUCUCUUGUCUGAUGCGGAACAGCGGAAGCGCUCUAUACGAACUUGUUGACAUGCUGCUGAAAACGUGUGAAAAGUGAGUUAUGUUGACAGACUUCUAGCUGUCUGACAGGCUACAUUGCGGUAUAUGGUGCAGCACUAGUGGUUUAGUGGACUAGACAGACUGUUGUACAGCUCCUGAGAACUGGACAGCAGACUAUACCUGCAGUCAGCUCUGAAGCUCUGAAGAUGGACAAAGAAUCGGCUGUCCUUCAGGGUGCUUUCCUCCUGGCUGAUAAACUGUGCCUCCCCUCAUCCCUGUCCUCCCUUCAGAAGGCUGACUGGAGCAGGGUGGGACAUCCGGUCCUGGAGGCAGUCAGAGAAAUCUGUGGACAGGAUGAACUCACUGGUCAUCCCCCCACAACGGCUAUCAGCUGGAUAAAGAAACUAGUUAGUGCUGUGUGGCUGAAGGUGUUGUCCGGAGAGACUGGAAAUGACGUAGAGACGGCCUGGAGGGAGAACCCUUUCUUCCCCCUCCAGAACGGCCUCCCUGAGGUCAACCGUGUUGUCCUGCUGGAAGUGGUGAGGUCGAUGGCAGCUGCUCAGACAUUUGCCCAUUUCCUCUUGCAUCUUCCUCAAUCUCAGAUUUGUAGUGAGCUCGAACGGCUCGUGCAACACGUGAGGAGCGGCCCCACUAGAGAGGAUGAUGUUCGACUUUUUCUGGAGGUGUGGUGGGAACUGUGGAAAGGCAGAGAUGAGCAGAAAGCGGGAGGAGAGGACAGCAUAGAGACGAUGUUCGCCACACAGUCUGCCCGUCUCUCGUCUAAGUGUUCCAGUCUGUCCCCUCAGGCCGCAAAGAGGUUAAAGCUAGACGCGUCAGAUCUACCGGCAUCGCCGCCAACCGCUGAUGUCCUGCACAUUCUCCUUCAUGCACUUAAAGACACAAAAGAUGACAUAUCUACAACCGACCUUUGCCUCCAGGCCCUCUCCAUUUCUCUUGAUGCUCUUUACACAGCCUUCCUGAUAGACCAAGAAGUCGCACUUCCCACCGAAGAGAAGAUGCACGUCCUGUCCAAAGCCGUCAGCAUCAGAGAAAAGAAUGAUGAGAAACUGAGUCCUGAACUCAUUCAGGAGGCUCAGAGAGACCUACGUGCGUCUCACACACCGUCUCAGUUUAAACCCAGCAGGAUGAAGCUCGGUGAAGCUUUGAAGAUUAUAACAGAACUUGCUCAGUUUUGGCAGAACAGCGGGCUCCUGAAAGUAUGUAAUCCUAGCUACUCCGCAUUUAAACUAGAACAAAGUGUUCAGAGAGUCCUGGCAGCUCUGCAGAAAGCGGAAGUGCCCAAAACUGUGACUGAAAUGGAUGAUCAAGGGACCGAGAAGAAUAUACUCAGAUGUUUGUUGGAGUCGCUGGCUUUCCCUGCCACAGAGAGCACCCCCGAGGUGAACGCGAGGGUCACCGCCAUCAUCAUCAAUCACCGCCUGGCGGACCAUCAGAGCUUUGCGGCGUUAUUUGCCAGUGAGCAGAGUUGGGCUGCCUCUGGUGAGCUCUGGAUGGACUGCCUGGAAAAGAACCAGGCGUCCUUCCAGCAGCACGACACGCUGAUCAAACUGACCACCACCCUCAUGAGUAAACUCCACAGCGAGAGCACAAACGUGAGCCAGUGCAGGAAGCUGAUGAAAGUCACCGCAGACAUUUUCUCUGCACUUUCCUUGGAAGACAAGAACAAAGCUUUGGCUGCCAUGUUGAGACUGUCCAGCAGGGGGUUCUUUGGGUGCUCCGUUCCCUCCGCUGUGACCGAAGGGUUCGAACAGGAGCUCAACAUGGCCUUCAACUGCAUCAUCCAAGGAGGCGGCGGAGCGUCGGCAGCGGCGGCGACGCAGGGCAAGCUGAACACAGCGGCGUCUUUAGUAGCCAGGGUUGCGUUUCAGAACCCAGAAGCGGCUUUGAGGUCUUGUUGUCACUCAGCUAUUUUCAAUAAAGGUGCUUUCUCUCUCAUGGCUAAGAUCCUGCAACAGCUGCCUGGACUCAGAGGACACAGGGAAAGAAAAGAUGAAGCUGGAAGUGAUGAAGAUGAAAGCAGAGAGGCGGGGGAAAGUACAGAUGAAGGAAAGGAGGCUCUGAGCGGUAGCACGCUACUCUGCAGGUGUCUACAGGAGAUGAUCAAGACCAAAUCACUGUCAGCCAAUGAGAAGGAGCAGUUCCUCAAGUACCUGGGUCUGCUGAUGACGCCUGUCGUGACCGCCGAGGGAGAAGUAGAAAGGAGGCAAAGCUUUCUGACUCCUCAGGAGGUCGUGAACAUCUUCGUCCUGCCUAACCUCUCCGCUACAGGUCAAAGCUCCUUUGAUAUAGAGCUGAGUCUGCAGCUCCUCCACGCUGCUUUGUCUGUGGACGUCCAGGAAGCAGCCUCAUCUCCUCACUGGGUGUUGGACUGCUCUCCCUUUCCCCUCCUCUAUGUCCUGGCCCAGCUGCAAAACCAGACUCUCAGGUGUUGGGAGCAGCCACCAGAGGGCACCGUCCACCACUGGUCCAUGGACACCAAGGAGCUGCUGGUGUCGGUGCUGUCCACAGUGGGGCAGGUGGUGGGUGCAGAGGUGCUGGCGGCCCACAGCAGCUGGUCCAGAGCUCUGUUCUGGCUCUACAACAAAAUGGAGGAACUGGACUGGACCGUUCGGUUCCACCUGAAGCCCGUUUGGGGGGAACACUUUAAAAACGAGGUUCCCUCGUCUCUGCUGGCUGUGUGCGAUCUACCCGAGCAGGAGUGGUCCGGUUUGGACCUGCCUGAGUAUGGCCAGGGUACAGGUCUAUUGGCCUGGAUGGAGUGCUGCUCUGCAUCAGACUCCCUGCAGUCCACCAUGUUGUCCUGUCUCUCUCUGGACCAGAGCCGGCCCGACCACGUCGGCAUGUUCAGCAAAGGCCUGCUGGUGGCCCUGACCCAGACCCUGCCCUGGUGCUCCGUCUCCCAGUGGACCAGACUGCUGAGAGUCCUGAGGGAGCUGAUCACCUCCGGUCGCCUCCACGUUCCCUUCUCGCUCGAGUACGUGGACUACCUGCCCCUCCUGGAUCUGAGGAGUUUUUCAUGUGAGCUCCGCCUGUCUGUCCUCCUGCUUCGAGUCCUUCAGCUGCUCUGCGGGUCCAGCUGCUCCCACUGGCUCGCAGCGGACGGCUGGGGACACGUCAGCAGGUUAUACGCCCACGCCGUGAGGGAGAUGAUCAACUCCCUAAGAGCCAAGCUGCCUCUUCCUUCAUCUGGAGCGUUGACCGUCUCUGCUUCAGCGUCUCCUAAAACACCAGCGUCUAGAGACUCCGACUCUUCACUCAGAGCUCCUACAAUGUCCAAAGACCUUCAACAAGCAGAAUGCUCUCCUCUGAAAUCUAAAGAGUCCCAGAUGGAGGAGGAGAUGGAGACAGUUCCCAGCCAAGAAGUCCUUUUUGUACUCAGCCAGCUCUUCUGCCAUGUUCAGCACAUCCAGGUGAUGAUGCCAGGAGGCCAGAGUGAACCGUUGUUCCUGUCCAGUCUGGAGAUCCUCAGCCACUAUGAGGCCAUCAUGGCCGCUUUCCCACACAGCAGCAGCCCGCUGGAGAGCGACAACACCCGCCACUUCUUCUCCACCAUCACAGACAACCUGGAGAACCAGGAGAUGAAGGCCGUCCUGCAGCAGAAGAUCGCUCAGCUCGUGUCGUCGGCAGCUUAAGAAGCAACGAUUUUUUUCAUCCGUAUUCCACCCGAAGAAUUUGGGUUCUCAUACGCUCAGAUUCUCUCUGUAGAUUUUGAGCAUGUCUUCUGAUAAAAUAAGGUUAUCAUUUCUGUUAAGGUCAUACACUGCGCUUUGCUAAUUUAGGAAGUCAUUACAAAGUGAUGGGUAUGGAAUCUGAGUGAAUAAAAAGCCGAUAUUUCACAGCAAA